CCUGGUCUGGGGUAACACGCCUUAUUCAGAAUCCAGCACGCGCGGUGACAAUUAUGAGAGUUUCAUUGAAAACAUGAACGAAUUCGCUCAUUAUUCCAGACUCCGUCGACAGUGUGUGGGUGUACGCGGGAGAUCAAGGCCCCACGAUGAGCAAGUGCGAGAGCAGCUUUUCAGGAUCCUAUAUGCCUCUUCCAACUCAGCUAACACGUCCAUCGAAAUCAUGCCAUUUAAGGAAUACUGGGACCACAACUCCAGCUUCCAGCUUGCAAGAGCGUACUACGAGCUCCAGAAAGAAUAUCUCUACCCGUCGACGGACACUGAGACGGCGAAUUUCACCACCAAAGCACAUGAAGAAAAUGAUGGCGAAGCAUCGGCGUCGUCGGAUCAGCGUAAUGUAUCGUGGUUCCUGCCUUCAUACUGA